AUAUGACUGAAAAAUUGUUAAGUAUGAUGUUAAACCCCAAGCACUCACUCACUCACUCACUCUUACUUCGACUUUUGUGCAUGUCCGUUGUCAGUUAGAGGUGAUGAUGGUGACCUGUAAGUAUUACAUUGAAUUGUCAUUUUUAUUCCAUAGGUGACAGAGGAUAUGCUGACAUUUGUGGGCCAUGCAAACGGAGAGGUGACUUUGCUUGACUCAGAUUCCCACACCCUAAGCACGGUAAUCAAGCUGCACGGAGCCGGGGUGAUAUGCUUGGAAUCUGUGGAGGGGUUCUCUGGUGGCAGGGGCGGAUGCGUAGGGCGACUGGUCUCCGCCGGGGCAAACAACAAUGUGAAGGUCACCGAUGUCCUUAAGUCUGGCAAUGACAUAUCCUUACGCCCAAGAGUUACAGUCCGGUUUGAUGCAACCCCACUGUAUGUGUCGAUGUUUGAGAACAUUGUGUGUGCAGUUCUGCAGCCUCACAGGGUAACAAUGGUGAAGGUGGAUUUGGCAGCUAAGAAGUUCAUUGAUGGGAAGCUUAGUGGGUUGAGCCAUUCAACUUUUGAUGAUCACACGGCUCAGGUGUCUGGUUUGGAUUGCUGUUCAGCUUUAAGACUGUUUGUGACAGCAGCUAACGACGGACUUGUCAAGAUCUGGGAUGCAGAGAAUAACCUUGUGAGAGAGUUGUCAUUUGGGGACACCCUGCAGGGCGUGUGUUUUGCUAACCAACGAGGAGACAUCCUAGCUGGCUUUGAGAGACUUGUUGUGUCAGUUUCAAUAUGUCGUUAUCUUCCAAGUUAUCUUCUGGAAACUGUUGUCAAGAAACAUUUCAAGGAUGAGAACAGAGAAGAUCCAUUGCCCUUCAACAACAAACUAAGAUUGUCGUUUGAGUCCAAAAAGCUGCCAACCUUCAGCACAAACCCUGAGCGUCGCAGAAGCCAGUUGAAGACCUGGCAGUUGUCUUCGUCAGAGGAUCGCCUAGCAAUUGCCGAGGGCAGCUGGAGAAUCCUUGAUGAUGUGGCUCAGCACUGCCUUCAUGCCCAGAAGCUGCAGGACAAACAGAAAGUCACAAACCUUCUGGGCAUGAUCUUCCCAGGGAAGAGUGACCAGGCUUAUAAAUCUGGCUUUCGGAGACUGGCAAAAAUGGCGAAACAACAGCACCAGAUGACUGAACAGGAAAAGAUUACAGCUUCCAACGAGCGAGAUUGGCGAGCUGCAUUGGAGGAGAAUGUCCGACUCACCGAGCUCAAACUGGACCAGAAAAUUGCUGUGAUGAAAGCGGAAUCCAAACCUCACCGCUGUAAAUUGGUGACGGCCGAAGACGCUGCAGUGGGACCGCCAACGCCGCCACCCCCUGACCCAAGGAUUGUUAAACAGAGGAACAAUUGGCGGUAUUUAUACCAGCUGUUCAACAAGUGGAUGAUACCUGUGGAUGGAUAUGUUCCGAAUUCUGUCGUGCGGAAGCGGUUUGGACAGAAGUUUGGAUUAUCAGAAGAAGACAAACAUGGAACCAGGCUUCGAAUGCGUACCAUGAAGUACCGCUACCAAGUCAAUAAACGACGAGCCCCCAUGCGUCGACGUUUGAAAAAGCUGAACGCUGCUGGCCACAAAGUUGAGAGGUCAGCAACCACAGGCCCCUCCUCUUCCUCUGCUGCGGCCGAUUCCAAAUUGGGUCAGAAAGGCGACUCCUCCAAGAACAAACAGCUUGACAACAAAUUGAAACUAGGUCAAUUCGAAGGUGAAGUGCGCCCUCGAAGAGCAUCUAUGGCUGUAAAAGACAGGAGAAAGAGCAAAAGGCUGGAUGACCUAAACGAUGAUGAACCUGUCACAUUUCUUGCGGAUAUCCAAAUGAAGGGGGCAGAGAUUUUCCUUCGCAUAAUGAAAGAAGAUUGGUUUCCUAAAGGGAACAUUGACAAGCUCCACAUCAUAGCAACGCUGUUGUCCAUCAUCGAAUCAGAUGACCCCACCAUCAACAGAAGUGUUUGCAAGUACAUGAUUGAGAUCAGAGAUGCGCAAGGGUUGCCUAACCAGAUUGAAGAGGACCUGGUAAAGGCUCUGCUGUCACAGCUUAACAGCAAGAGGCACACAACCCAGAAAGACAGUAUUUGGAUGCUUGGAGAGCUGGGAUUUGACAGCAAGGAAAUCAUCAUGGGAUUGAUGCCCAAACUGGUGGACAAUAGUCCAACCAUACGUAAUGAAGCUACACUGGCUAUACAGAAGGUCCUCGGGGUGAACAACAAAGACGAUCUUCUGGCCAUCCUGGAAGCUAGAGGCUUUGUCAAGGGGUUCAUGGACAACCUGGGCAACGAGGAGGAGAUUUUCCAGCGUCUCGCCCGACAAGCAGAGGGAGUUUUAUUUCCAGUCAUUGAGAACCGUCUAAUGGGCUGGCUUGACGACACUUCUAAACCAUAUGCUGAUGCUUCCCUGAAGAAACCUGCAAAUUUACAGUACAAUACAGCUAGUGCGACUCAUAAGAAAAGACGGGCAAGUAAGGCAGGUAAGGAUUCUUUCAGGGCAGACGAUCAGGUUACACCUCAAAAGGGCAAGAAAGGGACGUCUAGUCAUCAAAGGAAGAGGAGGAGUUCCGUUGCUAAGCCCCCUGCGGCCUUUGUCACCAAAUCGUCCACCUCAAAAAGUAAGAGCACUGGCACGGCUGACUCAAAGAAAAAGUCAAUACACCCCAAGGAGACGGGUGUUCGAAAAAGAGCGUCUGGGGAGAGAAAGAGCAUGAUGUCAUCUUUGUCCUCGUCUUCCUCAGAGGAUGUGUCCUGGCAGAUGCCGAACAUCGACGAGGACAAGCCGGAAGAGGAGGAUGAAGGGCUGAGAAACCGUCAAAAAAGCUACACCGUCAUCAUGGAUAUACCCGAAUUGCCAAACUCUGACGACCUCCAUCAGAGACAGGUGUCGGCGACUCACCACCGCUCCAUGGCGAUAGAUAUGCCAUCUCCCAUGGAGCCCGCACUGCUGGCGGAUACUGUCCAUGGAGUAAUGAAUCAGGCCAGGCUGGGCGGUGUCCACACUGGCAGACAGCGUAUGAAGACAACCAUGCUGCCAGAAGAAGAAGAACCUGACCUGGCCGAUACAGUCACUAAUGGCAUGAUGAUGGCAGGGUUUGCAGAACACUUGCAGUCGAGCAGCAGGCAGCACCUGAGCCAUGCACAGUUCAUGGACAGAAAGGAGGAUCUGCUGACCAGGAAGUUUGUGGACGAUUACUCGGCGCACGAUGACUUGCUGUGGAAUUAUGACAACAAGGAAUUCCAACCUGACGAAAACUUUCCUCAGUCCAAGGAUAUUCCCACUGGGGCUUUAAAGGACAAGGAAAAACAAAAAACAGACAAGCUGUCUACCAGUAAGGGGUCAGGAAUGGGGACGACCAUGCCUCGGGCUGCUGACCAAAAGAGAUCCCGUGCUGAGAACCGCAACAAAUUACAAAGCUUAGCGGUAUCUGAGGAGGAGAGAGUAAUGUCUGCAACACCCUCUACACCUGUGGAUCAUGCUGAGAGGAAACUCCACCCGCGACACUCGUUCAUCUAUCGUCAUUAUGAGAACCAAGAUGCAUCUAAGAAGAUGGCAGUUAAAGAAACCCCACAACAGGUCCAAGAAAAGGGCGUUAAGGCUGAGAAGGUGGCAUUUAGCAGGGAGGGGGAGGGCUCCAUAGCAUCUGACUCCGCACUCCUUAGUCAAGAGAGUCAGGACCAGUUCUCUGAUCAGUUGUCACAGCAGUUGAACUCCAGUGUAAAUGAGAUCACUGACUCUGGCUUCGACUCCGGGAUCAGCCAGGAUGUGUCUGAGACAUCCAGUUACAAAGGGGGAGGGAUAGGUGGCACGUUAAUGGACAGAGGUUUGCCUUGUCUGUCCCCAGUCAAGUCUCUGCCAGACACUCCUGAGAGGGGGCAGGAGGACAAACGGACCCGUAGCACACCCAAGUUACCAGAGCCCCCAGAGGGAUGGAGAGACUUCUUUGACCGUCCAUCAGCGCAGGAGAGGAGACGCCUGCAGAUGGUGCGCCAGGACUUUGCUGAAGGAAGAACUAGACCCAUGACUGUGAUUCUGCCGCCAAUCUCGUACGUCAAAGAUAAAGUGACGUUUCAGCCAGGAAACUCUGGCUUCCGACUCCUUCAGAGAGUCAGCAUCAAAGAUAAGGAGUUGAAACUUAAAACAGGAAAACAUAUGAUCGAUUCAUUGCCUGGAAACCUUGGUAUUAAUACUAUAAGAGAGUCUGAAGGCAGUAGUAAGUAUGGUAUUCUCAGGUUAGAUUGGACGACAGACGUUCCAGUGCCCCUACAGGGUAAGGGCGGUGAUUCCGUGGGCAAGGGACACCUCCCCCAGACGUCAGAAGCCUCUCAUGUUACAUGUGUGAGACGGUUACCUCCCAUUGGGAACCGACUCAUUGGCCGCCUUGAGGGAAGGAGUGUAUUCCCCCAGCCUAUCUGCUGUGAAGAGACUCAGGUGUACCGAUGGGAGUCACCUCUACCCCCUCCCCCCAGAUUCAGAGACACCUGUCUCCAGCCAGUGCCCACUGUCAAGAGCCAUGGAUCCUGCUGCAAGUACUACUGUCUGGCAAGGCAGGGCAUGCACCAUUACACCUCAGCAGAGUUGCUUCCCCUCCGCUUAGAAAGUCACGAAAAGGCACUAAAGAGGACGCUAAGGUUUUACUGUAAACCAAGCAGAUGACCUCCACGGCGGCCAUUUUCCAUUCUAACAAAGUUACUUUUACUGAAUACCCAAGAACGACCUCUGUCAAGGUCAUAUUUCGCUAUUACAGACAGCAAAUGACCUCAGCCAAGGUCAGAUUAGUGCAGUACAACUGAGUAUCACACUAUGAAGAGGUGAUAAACUGUAACUAUGAGAGCUACGUGUUUACAAAAGUGUUAUCUACCCUUAUGUAGACUCAGCUGUAACAAUAAACUUUUACAACCAGCGCUGUCUGUGUUGAUUUAAUACAGCAAGGAUUUUUCAAGGUUGGAAUCAGGGUUGAACUAAGUGUGAUCAUCAAAGGAAAUUUUUGAUUGUUUAACUGUAACGGGCAAUACAUUUCUGGGGGGCAGAUCUGUUCUGAAUUUGGUUACCCUAAAUGCUCAACAAAAGUUUAAGUAAGUUUAUUUUGUAACUAAAACAAAUACAUAUUCCAUAGCAUUUUGAAGAUAAAAAUGCGUUGGUCAAGUAGAGAGACUGUUUUUGACUUCAUUGAAGGUGUAAAAUGACCGAAACAAAUCUCAUUACAACCCUCUGAUAGAGCAAAGCUUUGGAUUAUAAAGGUGGUUGAAUUUGUUGAGGUUUUAGGGUAAUUUAAAUAUCAUUGCUCUUUAUGCACAUCCUGUAUAGGCACAUGGCUCCAUUAGUAUUGAAAUGAAGUAUAAAUGUCUCAUGUAUGUUUCACGGUUGUAAAGUUGUUUAUUUUUUUAAAUAUUAUUUUUGGAAGAAAACUGUUGUCACUACCAUGUACGCACUGUUCUAGUAUUAAUAUUCAUCCAUUCCCAUCUGUUGUUUUUAGCCUUGUUUUUCAAGGCACACUUUGUCUUUGUACUAGCUCGGCAUAUGUCAUGUCUCAUACUGCAGCAAUUAUUGUUAACCAGCAAAAGUUUUUGAACACCAACCGCUUACGUUGUCCGACGUGCAAUAAACAUUUGACAAAUGAUGGCACUUUCUACGAAAUGUAUGUGUUAAUUUGGUGUUUUGUUGUAAAUCAGAGGUGCUUAGUUGGUUUGCUUUAUAGUUGUGAUAUUUUGUAUAAGGCACAACUUACUUUUUAUAUCAAUUGAUCAAAUGUUUGGUCAUCAGUCUGACAAAGUUUAUAAUCUGGAAAAUGAUUCCAGCAAUUGGAAAGACAUAAUUAAGCUUUGUAAUGAAGGCAGAAAAUUUGAUUCAGUACCAUGUGGGAUACUGGCUGUUCAAGCAGUGUAAAGACCAUCUGAGACCACCAAUUAUUA